GUAACAGGUUUAUUUAAAAUUAAUGCCCAAACCCAUCCCAAAAUAUUAUCGAAAGCCCAAGCUUAGAAUUCAUUUUCAAUUUCUGCCCGUAAGUCGUAACCCUCCUUCAGGCCCCAAGUUCCGCCUGCGACAUCACCAAGUCACCUGCGUCCAGACUCCAGAAGUCCAGCGCGCGUCCCUGGCUCCCUACGAAGUGAGAAGUGCGAAAUGAGAAGUCCGACUCCGAGUCUGCUCGGCGCUUGACCGCUUGCCCCACUCCUCGCCGGCUCGCCGGCACUUCAGGUCUCCAGCGACCAGCCUCCGCCGACCGCCUUCCCGUCUCGCCUCUGCCCUCUAGCACUUCAUUCCCCCUCCACCAGGCUCUAGUUUUUUGUUUUCAGCCCACUCAUUAUAACUUUCUGGAUCCGCUCCUGCCCGUAUUCCGAUGGCAAAACUCGGGAAGAAUGCCAGGAAGUUCUCGAAGAAGAAUCUCCAAUCUGUGCAUCGGAGACAACGAAAGAAUAAAGUUCUUUUCAAGAAAAGAUCAUCUUCCAAGAAUGAGCGUGAUGCUGCCAAAGUCCAAGUUGCUAAGAGAGAAAACCCUAAUGGAAGAAGUGUACAUGAUGAAGUUUUUGAAAAUGUUUCCCUAAAUUUGGCAUUCACGGGAUAUGAUAAUAACAUGAUUGAAGAUGCCUCUGACAGUGAUGGAUAUCUUUCUGAGGACAUUACCACUAGCGAAUUAGACACUGAGCCUGGAAAUAUUCAAGAAGACAAUAAUUUUGGUCGUCCCCUACCAGAUGAGAACCAAAUCGUAGCUGAAGAUCUUGCAGUGAAAAAGAAGAAACUGGAAACAUUAAAAAAGAAGAAUCCGAAUUUCUGCAAGUUCUUGGAGAGAUGCAAAGGUGCUGACGUGCAUAAGAAAGGAGCAAUGAAUGAAGGUGGUUCUUCUGAACGAAGUAAACAUUUUAUAACAGAUACUGCUAUUCGUUCUUGGUGCCAACUUAUCAAAGGAGAGCACAGACGAUCUGCUUUAGUUAGCAUAUUAAAUGCUUAUCGAACGGCAUGUCACUAUGGAGCUGAGUCUGUGGGCCAUCAGUUUCAGAGCAGUGAUGCAUUCUGCAAUUUAGUAUUAUUUGUUCUUUCUGAGGCAGAUAAUUUGAUCCAUGAGCUAUUGAAAAUGCCUUCCUCCAACAGCAAGGAAAAAUUUAUUAUGGAACUGACUAAUAACUCCAAAUCAAAGAAUGUAAAGCCUCUGAUCAAAUCCUAUCUAAGAAGUACAUUAUUUCUGCUGCAUCAAGUCACUGAUUCUGAUAUUCUGGCUUUCAUCUUGGUCCGGCUGAAAGCUUCUUUAGUCUUCUUUGCUGCUUUUCCAUCACUUUUGCGCAGCCUAACGAAGGCAUCAAUCCAUCUGUGGGCAACGGGUGGUGGAGCUGUGUCGUCAGCUUCUUUUCUUGUCAUACGCGACAUAUGUGCUAUAUUCACAUCCGAGUGCUUUGAGGAUUGCUUAGCUAAAACAUUGAAUGCUUAUCUUUCUCAAUCAAGAGUCCCCGAAAUCGUGAACAUCAAACACAUUCAGUUCCUGAGAAAUUCUCUAUGUGACCUGUUCUCAUUAGAUGUUGAAAGAUGUUCGAAGAAGGCUACUAUAUCUGUCUGUCAACUAGCAAAUAUAUUCAAGUUGGGCAUGCAUACUAACAAAAGGGAAGUUGUUAAAAAGAUUUGCAGUUGGGAAUACAUGAACUGUGUUGAUCUCUGGGUUGAAUUUGUAUCCGCCAACAUACGAGUUUGUGAUCUUUCAUCCUUGUUUUUCACAAUGGUUCAGCUCAUAAAUGGAGUUGCUUGUAUGUUUUCUGGACCAAGAUAUUUUCCUUUACGGCUAAAGUGCAUUCGAUGGCUUAACCGUUUAGCAAGUUCUAGUGGAUCCUUUGUCCCUGUUACCUCAUUUGUGUUGGAUGCUUUGGAAUAUAAAAUGAUCAAAGAGGAUGGGAAACCGGGAAGUGUUGUAAACGUUGAUUCUGUUUUAAAGUUACCAAAGCAUUGUUUGAAAACAAAAGUCUUCCAAGAAGAAUCAAUUUUCUCAGUAAUUGAACAACUAUCGGCACAUUUCACUCAAUGGAGCUACCACAUUUCAUUUCCUGAGUUAGCAACUGUCCCUAUCAUUCGUCUAAAGAAAUUCUAUGAAGUGACUAAUACUGAGAGUCUGAAGCGUAUCAUCAAGCGCUUGAUUGACCAGAUUGAACAGAAUGUGGACUUUGUUCAAAAGAAGAGAGAUGAGGUGGCAUUUUCUCCUAAUGAUCAUCAAUCUGUUGAAUCAUUUCUUCAGCUUGAGAAGUCCAGUUCAAAUGCUCCAUUCACUCAAUACUUCAAAAGCGUUCUUGAUAAGGCUGCUUUACGGACUUCAAAAAGAAUUUCAUGAUGAGGUUUCUAAACCCAAAUAAAUCAACAAAGCUAAAGGACGGAAGGGGAAGCCUUGGGAUGUCCCUGGUCUAUAAGCUGAUGUCGCAGGCACUGUAAACGGAAAACUCGAUUUAAAAAAUGCUAACGAAAUGGUCAAGCUGAAGGGUAAAACAUAACUGCUGCAGCAUUCUUAUUAUGUUUUUUAAAAUCAAAUUUGGAAUUUGAUUUUGUAACUCUGGAGAUGGAGUUACAGAUUGCCUCUUAGGCAUUCUAUAUUUUGCCUUUUAAUGCUGUGAAGGAUUUAAUUUAAUGGUUCAUAUAGCCGAGUCAAAUACGUUUAAGCCCCUACCAAUAUGGUUAAUUUAAUGGUUCAUAUUUUGCCAA